AUACUGCGUCUCAAGAUUCCCCUGCAUGUUCACAGCAUUCACUCAUCUCAGGUCCAGUUUGAACACAUGAAACACAGCGACAGGUCGAUGCUGCUCAUGGUGUCAACAGCAAGAAGGAGUUACUGUAUCUGAGAACAGAUGGAUCCAGAUACCUUCAGAAUCUUGGAGUGAUCUCGGCCUGUGAAUGAUGACAAAUAAAAAUGGGACACCCACAAACACGUUAUUCACCAAGAAGAAUUACAAUAUUAAACCUUACAAUGAGACACCAAGACGCUCUGAAUGUGUGUUUGUGUUGCUGGUGCAGCCACACCCACAGUCAUCAUCAUCAUCAUCGUCAUCAUCAGAGGGAAGAGCUGAUUUUAUCUGGACAGGCAGCUCUAUAAACGUCAUGAGACCAAGGUGAAAUUCAUUUCUUCUUCUUUCUGAUCUUCCUGAGCAGCUUCAUGGAGCCAGCGUGCCAGCCAAUCGCAGUCUACUGCCCAGCGCAGGGAACACUGGAAUCAGCCAUGAACAUGCUGGUUGAUGUGUUCCAGAGCCACGCUCUCCAAGACGGUGACAAGUUUCACCUGAACCGAUGGGAGAUGAGGGAUCUGUUCCAAAGAGAGCUCCGUCAGCUCUUGGAGUCAAGCAAGGAUGUUCAAAAGUCAUGUCAGAUCAUAGACGAUCUGGACAAGAAUCGAGACGGCAAAGUGGACUUUGAAGAGUUUGUUUCAGUGGCCACGAAGCUCAUCAUGUGCUGCCACUCCUACUUCGAGGAGGAGAACCUCAUGUGUGGUUACAGAUAAAAGUCUCUCAUCUCUCUGACUCAUCUGUUCUGAAUAUUAACCUCUCUGAUCUUUGUGAUCUGUGGAAUGGAUUUUGUCAUUUGAUAAACUGAUCUGAAGAAUCAGUGAUUCAUUAAAAUGAUCCCUGAAA